AUGAACACCGACGAGGCGGCAGCUCCGAAACCUGUCACCGAUGAUGAUGGCAUGACAUGGUGGUACCGAUGGCUCUGCAAAAUCGCUGGGGUCCUGGGCGGAGUAUGUAAGUAAAAACUAACCAACCGUUUUCAUAACUACUGUGAUCGACAGUCCAAUAUGAAUGUCUAAUACACACGAUAUACUGACUAGGGAGGUGAUUUCCCACAGUCAGUCCCGCAAGAAGAGCUUUGACGCUAAUAUUUGUGUAAACUCUUUGGAAUGGUAAAAUUUGGCUUUCACGGAGUACUGCUGGGCUGAUACCCCAUUUCAUGGAACACACUCCAUAGUUAAGGCUGUACAGUGCAAUUAUUUAGUCUAACACAUCCAGUGGGAUCACCCUACUCAGCAACACCCACAGAUCACAACUAAGUAGCGUUUACUUAUUAAUUAUUGUAUUUAAUUUUCCAACCUGUUUAGCAUUGUCCAGUCUAAAUAUGCCAUUAUUCCACUAUUUGUAUCUGUUAGGAUCAGUUUCAAUGGGGGACUUUUGUCUGGGGUUUGGAUACCUGUAUGAAGGUAGCUACAAUAUUGGAACUUGUUGGUCGCCUUCAAAAUAAGUCCCCCAUUGUAACUAGUGGAAACAAAUAGUGGAAUAAUGCAAUAUGUGGACCAGAUCAUGCUAAACAAGGUUGGAAUGUUGUUACAUAACUUAAAAAUAAAUACAAUCAUGAAGUCAACUCUACAUCGUUGUGAUCUGUGGGUGUUGCGGAGUAGGGUGAUACCCCAUUUCAUGGGUGCACACUCCAUAGGUAAGGCUGUAUGUACAGUGCAUAUGUAUGCCCCCAAUGCAAUUAUGCAGUCUAAUACAUCCACAGUGGGAUUCUUUUACUGUUUAUUGUCUAAUUAUUGUAUUUAUUUUUAAGUUAUGUAACUACAUUCCAACCUUGUUUAGCAUUAUCUAGACCAAAUAUGGCAUUAUUCCACUAUUUGUAUCUGUUAGGAUCAGUUUCAAUGGGGAACCUUUUGUUUUGAAGGUGAACUGCAAAUUCCACUAUUGUGGCUACCUUAACACAGGUCAGUGGUUUCACCUGCUGACUUUAGGCUGAUGGUAUACACAGCCUGAAUGUUGAAUACAAUGACAUUUGAACUUAUUACUCUACCGGUUGUCCGUGGUGUUGGUUCUUCAGAUGGUCUAAAUUUGAGACAAAAUAUCCACAGGAAAGUUUUUUUUUUCAUUUUAAAAAAACAUUUAUUGUCUCAUAUUUCUCUCUUUAAGUCUAAUCUUUCCCAGACAAUUUUACUCUUUAAUAUAUGGCAGACAGACAAGUUCCCUACCUUCUUCCCCUUCAACUUGCCUCCUCCAUUGUUGUGGUAAUGUAUUGUUUACCUGACUUUCUAGAGCUGCGGCACUGAAGUUUACAUUUCUAUCACCUGACACAUUCACAAAACCAUGGAAAUACCUGCUGACUUCAGUUAACAUGCGUGCAUGUGAUGCAUACUUUCUCAUGACCGAAGGCACGUGCACAUGACGGAAGUACAUGCAUGCAUACUAACUGAAGUCAGCAGGUAUUUACAUGGUUGUGCGCAUUUGCCAGGUGCUAGAAAUUUCUACUUCAGUACCGGUGUUGUAAACAAUCAUUUUCUAUGGAUAUCUGAAGGACCGACACCAUGGACAACCGGUAGAGUAAGUUAAAAUAUAAUUUUAUUCAACAUUCUGGCAUGUAAAGAAAACUUUCACGAUUUUGCAGUCAUUAGUUUCAGGCUGUGUAUACCAGAAGCUUGUAUCAUAGUCUGAUUCAACAGCCUACUGCUGACUACACACUGUAAGAUUCUGAUCGGUCAUCAUGGCACACCUCUCUUCCACAUCUACAGUCUCUGAAUUUUUAAAAUGGGAUCCAUGCUUUUCGUUACAGAUCAUAAAGAUUGUUACAGGCAAGGAUUUCAAAACAUGUUUGUCUCAUGACACAUUCCUGGCAUACUAGCCUAUUCACAAAGAAGCAUGAAUAACAUUUUUGAUUUAACAUGGCCCUUGCACACAAGUCUUGCUGAUCUCCACACACUCGUUUUGUUCUUCUAUCUUCGUGGGGACCUAAAAUGUAUUUCCAUUCAAAAUAUUAUUUUCCUUAAACCUAACUCCUAACCCUAAAACAAAUCACUUACCCUAACCCUAAUUGUAAUCCUAACCCCUAAGCUUAAAAUAGCCUUUGUCCUCAUGGGGACGUGGGAAAUGUCCCCACGAGGGAGAAUUUUCCUUGUGGGGAUUUUAGGUCCGCACAAGGACAGAAGAACCCCCACACACAGUUCAGAUCUUUGUGUUCCUGGGUAAUGACAGUGUGAGGCUAUACUCUCUUUAGGAAGCUAUGCUGAUCUGCUCUCUUUGAAAUAUUACAGUGUUUAGUCAAGGCCUUCAGUGUUCUUACUGAGCCUCUCUGUCUGCCCAGACAAAGCACUGCUACAUCACUCUACCCCCGCAUCUCUCUGUACAGCAAUAAACCCAUUAGUCACAUGUUCACAUUGUUCCUUACAGGAACCAAGAGGCUGAAAGUUGGCACUGUCUGUCUGCUUUCCUGGCUGGCACAUAUCUCCUUGGGUUAUAGGCUUUCUUCUUGCCUGGCUGGCACAAUAAGUCAUAAGAUAUGUUCAGUGAUAGCUUCCAUUUUAUAAUGUUAACUAGAGUACUCAGUGCGAGACAGACAGAGGUGCUGUUUCUGCCUGCGUUGCAGUUCCCCAGCAGUAGGCCUAUUGCAGCCCUGCCCUCCCUUCCCACCUAUCCCUUCCCUGCCUUGCUGUGGCUGUGAUACCGGAGUAGUGGUCGCUGUAUCACAUUCACAUGCUGGACCGCUGCAUUUUAAAUGGGCUCUGUAUUAUUCAGCAUGCUGUAGAAUCCGAGUUCAGGAUAGGAUAGGUCCUACAGUGCCUUCAGAAAGUAUUGACACCCUUUGAUUUAUUUACACAUUUUGUUGUGUUACAGCCUGCAUUUAAAAUGGAUUAAAUUGAGAUUUUCUGUCACUGGCCUACACACAAUACCCCAUAAUGUCAAAGUGGAAUUGUGUUUAGACAUUUUUACAAAUUAAUACAAAAUGAAAAGCUGAAAUGUCUUGAGUCAAUAAGUACUAACCCCUUUGCCAUGGCAUGCCUGAAUAAGUUCAGGAGUAAAAUGUUGCUCAACAAGUCACAUAAGUUGCAUUGGCUCACUCUGUGUGCAAUAAUAGUAUUUAACUUUUUUUUUUAUGACUACCUCAUCUCUGUACCCCACACAUACAAUUUUCUGUAAGGACCCUCAGUUGAGCAGUGAAUUUCAAACACAGAUUAAACCACAGAGAACAGGGAGGUUUUCCAAUGCCUCUCAAAGAAGGGCACCUAUUGGUAGAUGGGUAAAAAUUAAGAAAUCAGACAUUGAAUAUCCCUUUGAGCAUGGAUAAGUUAUUAAUUACACUUUGGAUGGUGUAUAAACACACCCGGUUACUACAACGAUACAGGUGUCCUUCCUAAUUCAGUUGUCAGAGAGGAAGUAAACCACUCAGGGAUUUCACCAUGAGGCCAAUAGUGACUUUAAAACAGUUACUUUUAAUGGCUGUGAUGGAAGAACUGAGGAUGGAUCAACAUUGUAGUUAGGCUACUCCACAAUACUAACCUAAUUGACAGAGUGAAAAGAAGGAAGCCUGUACAGAAUACAAAUAUUCAAAAACAUGCAUCCUGUUUGCAACAAGGCACUGAAGUAAUACUGCAAAAAAACAUUGGCAAAGCAAUGAACUUUUAGUCCUGAAUACAAAAAAGUGUUAUGUUUGGGGCAAAUCCAAUACAACACAUUACUGAGUACCACUCUCCAUAUGUUCAAGCAUAGUGGUGGCUGCAUCAUGUUAUGGGUAUGCGUGUAAUCAUUAUGUUUUUCAGGAUAAAAAAGAAACAGAAUAGAGCUAAGCACAAGCAAAAUCCUAGAGGAAAACCUGGUUGUCUGCUUUCCACCAGACACUGGGAGAUUAAUUCACCUUUCAGCAGGACAAUAACCUAAAACACAAGGCCAAAUCUACACUGGAGUUGCUUACCAAGAAGACAGUGAAUGUUCCUGAGUUGCCGAGUUACAGUUUUGACUUAAAUCUACUGCAGAAAUAUAUGGCAAGACCUGAAAUGGUUGACUAGCAAUGAUCAACAACCAAUUUGACAGAGCUUGAAUAAUUUUGAAAAGAAUAAUGGGCAAGUGUUGCACAAUCCAGGUGUGGAAAGCUCUUAGAGACUUACCCAGAAAGACUCACAGCUGUAAUCUCUGCCGAAGGUGCUUCUACAAAGUAUUGACUCAGGGGUGUGAAUAAUUAUGUAAAUUAGAUAUUUUUGUAUUUAAUUUUCAAUACAUUUGCAAAAAUGUCUAUAAACAUGUUUUCACUUUGUCAUUAUGGGGUAUUGUGUGUAGAUGGGUGAGGGGAAAAAUAUAUUUAAUCCAUUUUGAAUUCAGGCUGUAACACAACAAAAUGUGGCAUAAAUCAAGGGGUAUGAAUACUUUCUGAAGACACUGUAUAUGAUUCCUCUGACUUUAGGUACUGCAGAGUAGACUGCAUAUGUGUGUCUCUGAUAGUAGCAGUGUUUGUGUGUGGGCGUCUGUGUGGGUGUAUUGCAUGAGUGUGCUAGCUAGCCGAAUGGUCUCGUCUGGUACUGUGGGAGUUUGUUGCCAGUGGCAGCCAUUUAAUUUAAUCACACUCGUAUGAGAUCUCCAUCAAUCUGUCACUACUAGCAUGAUGUUAGCGUGAGGUUUCUCUCUAGAUAGAAAUCCUGAGCUGUGUUUUUUCAAGCUUUUUUCAAGGUUUCAAACCAAUACAACUCAAGCCCCACAAGUUAAUCAUUUAGCCAAAAUCAGAGUUGGGUACAAAAGACAAGAUGAGCUGUCUUUCAUGAGACACUGUAGUGGGCUGUGUGAAAUCAUUUAUUUAUUCAUUCAAGUGUGUGUGUGUGUGUACUACAGAGUAUGAUGGAUGUCAUGUGUGUAAUUAUCCCAUCUGCUCAUUGUCUGGGUCCCUUCCCAUGCUCACAGUGUGGCCACUGGACUGGUAACAGCACCCAGCAGAGCCAACCAGGCAAUGUAUGGCAGGAUCUUAGCAUGGGGCCUGUAAACUCAGAUUAAUACUCAUCUGCCUCCUAUUUGGCUCGUAUCCUAUGGCUCUCUGCCAGAGGAGAAGAGCUGAUCCUCUGUGGUGCUCCUGGUAUCAAAACCACUCAUGUUUGUUUAAAUGAGAAAUUCAGGCCCUUGGGGUUUCCAGUUAGGCUAUAUUUGAUUUAAGUGUGUAUGAAUAACGUCCCCAGUCAGAGUAAUAUCACUGUUUGUCAUCUUUCUAUCUUGGAACAAAGCCUCCUUUAUUCUGGUAAGUUGGUAUUCAUGGUAACCCUAUAUGCCUGAAGCGUCUAUGCAUAUUUAUACCUGUUUGUACUUGAUCUGGUUGCAUUAUGAGAACUGUAAUAUAUUAUUUUCUCCUCUCCCACUGAAGCAUGUGCCAUCUCAGGAGUGUGGAUGUGUGUCACUGUCAACCCUUUAAACAUCGCUGCUGGAGUAUGGAUGGUGUAAGUUUGUCUUCCACAAUAUGAUCCUUAACCAAGGCUUUAGUUUAGCCUACAUGCCUACACACAUUAGUGUGUGUGUGAAUAUCCAUCACUGUGCUAAUGUUCUCUCCUUCUGUUUCAAGGUUGAAUGCCUUUGUGCUGUUCCUGUGUGAAGUCCCAUUCUGCUGCCAGUUCAUUGAGUUUGCGAACGCAGUGGCGGCUAAAGCUGACAAAUUCAAGCCAUGGCAGAAAGCCUUCUUCUACUGCGGGUAAGAACUGGACUGAGACCUGCUGUCUUCACAUGACUCACCUGUCCAUUGUCUAGGCCUGGAAUUUAAAUUAACCUUUAACCAGUUGAUAAACACACUUCAUGUUUUCUGUAAUCAAUCAAUCAAUCAUCCCUGUUUCUCUUAUUUUUAGGAUGGCACUAUUUCCCAUAUUCCUGAGCUUCUCCAUCACCACGUUGUUUGGGAAUGCCAUUGCCUUCGCUACAGGAGUCCUCUAUGGUCUCGCCUCCCUGGGCAAAAAGUGAGCCUUUUCUAUUCACACUUUUGUGAUAAGAUGUUGAUUUGAAUAUGUGUGUAGGCCUACAUAGUGUAUGUAUUUGAGAUUGAAUUUGUUACUUUCUGUCCCUCUUUCUCACACUUUCUCCCCUUUCAGUUAAAUGAACAUGCAUUUUUAAUCAACGUUUAGGUGUUAUCAGUAAUAAAAUGCAUUACAUUUAAAAUAAUGUAACAUCUUGUAACAGGAGAUAACAGCUUUAUUCCAUACUCUCAUUAUAACCUUGAGUGGCAAAAAGUAACCCUGUCUCAUUAUAUCUAACAUCUCCCCUUUCCUCUGUGGUGUCAUGCUUUCUCCCCUGCUUCUCUCUCUUCCACCUCUGUUUCUUUCAGGGGCGAUGCGGUGAGUUAUGCCAGGCUGAAUCACCAGAAACCGGGGAACGAGGAGAAGCUGACCGGGACGACUGACGGGUCAAUAUAG